GCGGCCAGACACACGCAUCACUCCGCACUCGAGGUGCCAGGCUGCGGCUGUGAUACAACUCCGUGUCUGUGGAAGUGGACAAGCUUGACAGUUUCUAAAAGGGGGACUCUGGUGAUUUAGACACCCCCUUCAUCCUCUUCUUGUUCUUCUUCCUCUUCUUUCUGGGGAUUCAUACUUUCUCCGUUUUUUUCCCUGGCUCCUCUUGCUGUUGUGUGGCUUUGACUUUGAAGAUUUGAGAUUUACUGUACGCGUUCCCCGGACAUGUCUUUCCCUCAGCUGGGGUACCCCCAGUUCCUCAGUGCCUCCCAUGAGGUGUAUGGAGGCGAGCGGCCGGCCUCUGCCCGGGAAGGAGCCACCGAGGGCGGUGUGAGCUCGUCCGCUACCGCCGCGGCUGUCGGCUCCAUGCUGGGGAUGUACGGGAGCCCAUGGGCGGCUCAUAACUACAGUGCCUUUCUGCCGUACAGCGGAGCCACAGAUCUCGCCCUCAUAUCCCAGAUGGGUUCCCAGUACGAGCUGAAGGACAGCCCGGGAUCCCAUCCAGCCUCCCUGCCUGUCCACGCCGCCCAGGGUUUCUACCCUUACGGCCAGUAUCCGUACGGGGACCCGUCGAGGGCCAAGACGGCCACCCGGGAGACCACCAGCACCCUGAAGGCCUGGCUGCAGGAGCACCAGAAGAACCCCUACCCCACCAAAGGAGAGAAGAUAAUGCUUGCUAUUAUCACCCGGAUGACACUCACACAGGUGUCGACGUGGUUCGCCAAUGCUCGCAGACGCCUGAAGAAGGAGAACAAGGUAACCUGGGGCCGCAGCGCCGAGGACCGGGACGGCCGCAUCUUCAGCAGCGACAACGAGGACGAGCAUGGCAAGAACGGUAGCGACGACGAAGACGAAGAGGAGGAAAUUGAUUUGGAAACGGUCGAUAUCGAGAGACCCGAGGAGCAGCGAGCAGGGGAUCAAGGCUCCGCGAAGGGAGAGGGAGAAGGAGAGGCGAACGCUGCCGCCAGAGAGCAGGCCUCAGAGCCGAAGAGCUCGGACAGCAGCAGGACGCUUUCUGUGGAGGGCCUGAGAGGAAUGGAGGCGGCUAUUUCUCUCAAUAGAUCGCCUGUGGUCAAACUCGCAGUGGACCAUUCUCCCAGCAGACAGGAGUGCCAGAGACCACAACAGAACAAACCAAAAAUCUGGUCCCUGGCUGAGACCGCCACGGCCCCUGACAGCUCUCACAAACCUUCCCCCGCGGCCCACGCGCACCACCCGGCUUUGGCCUCCGCCGGCCAUCCGGCAUUACUCCCGGGUCAUGGGAUAUAUACAUGCCAGAUUGGCAAGCUGCACAACUGGGCCAAUGCGGCUUUUCUGAAUGCCAACUCUCUUUUGAACAUGAGAUCGCUGCUCGGAGGCACGCCGACCGGACACCUGCCUCUCCACGGCGCGGUGCCGGUUGCGCGUCAUGACGCACGACCGGCGACGGCGGGCCCCGCAACUUCGGGCACGGAGGAUGACAGCGAUGUAGAGUCGUCAGGAAGCUUCAGUCCAAAAAGAGAUGACGAAGAGAGCGACCACAGGCCUGAUUCCCUGAAGUCCCCAUUCCAGCUGAUCUCUGACAGACCUCACCAUGGGACAGCAUCACAGCGAGUUCUGACAACAACAUCAUGAGAAGACAAGGCAAAACAAAGAAGAAAAGAAAAAGAAAAGAAUAAUUUUAUUUAACUGAGAACAGUUUAAUGAAGGAUAUUUCCCGACAGGGGAACCUGUCAUAGUAUUGCUGUUUAGCUUCCACAUGCAAAAGAAAUGGUUGUUUUUGUCACAGAUUUGCUCGUAUCUCUCUUUUAUGUCCUACGUUUUUUCUUUGCCUCUUCUGUUGUGAAUGGAAAUCUUGAAAAUUGUAAAUACAGGAUAUGGAUUUGUCUUUAAAGAAUAUAUUUU